AUGCCAACGCUAGCCUGGCUGGAGGCGACGCAGAUGGGCCGUCGCGUCCAACAUCACUCACGUUUCCUCAAUUUGCAUGCGCCUCAGAAGUGGGGGCACUCGUCAGUCCGCGCGGCGCACCACACGCUGCUUGCCCGCCCGCGACGGGCCCAAGCCGAGCUCCAGCCGUCGUGUCGCUUCGACGUCGCGAUCGGUCGAGGUGGGACCCGCCGACCGGUCAAGAUCCGGCCCGCGCGUCUGUCGCCUGCCGGGGAGCAGCCAGGCUCGCCCGUCGGGGUCCAGGGCCGUGCCGAGUCGGCCGUCCGCUGCCCUGUCUGCCUUGUCUGCCCUGUCUGCCCGGGUCGGGCGCUGUGGUUUGCGCUGCCGUCCUUGUCCCUGGCACGAACCACCACCCUUCAGAGCCCUAUACUCCCCACUCCGCCCCCGAGCAUGUCCGAACGUGCCCCGGGGCGAGAUGGUCCCAAGGACGAGCCUGAGUGCUUCAACUGCGGAGUCAGGGGUCACUUCGUGAUAGCAUGUCCCGAAGAGGUUCGCAAAGUCCCGGCAGGUUUGCAAGCCUUCCGUCAACGGAAGGCCGCGUCGCAAUCCAAAAACUCCUCCCACGGAGGCUCUGGUCAAGGCAAAGGUGCCGGCGGAAUGGUCAUCACCCGAUACGGACCGCCACCAGGCCACCACUCUCAACUGGCGAAUUAUCUGCCCCAUGCGAGCCUGCCGCUGCCCCCACCGCCGCCCGCUCAGGCCCAGGCUCCGGCUCCUGCGCCCUACUAUCCCCCUCCCCCGGUGCCUGCUCCCGCCCCGCCGGCCCCGGCAGCUGGCUGGCCAUAUCCUCCUAGCAGCUACGGCGCAGGCUAUCCUGCACCGCCUCCUCCACCGCCUCGUUCAUAUCCUCCAUAUGAUCCCUAUGGCCAGCCUUCGGUUUAUGGUCCUCCUGGCCACCUACCACCUCCCGGGCAUCUGCCGCCCCCUAACCAUCCACCUGGCCCUCCUCCGGUCAAUUCAUAUCAUCCACCUUACGGCACUCCUCCGCAGCCGUACUACCCGCCACCACAGCAGACAUACACCCCUCCUGCUCCUUAUCCAGCCCACGGGCCUCCUCCAGUCCCUGCGGCACACCCUCCUCAUCCCUCGUUACCUCCCGUUCCUCCGCCUCCAUACCCCUAUCCUCCUCCCACUCAAUCUUAUCCAGGACCCUACGAGGCACACCAACCUUACUAUCCUCCUGCGUACCCAAGUGAAAUCCCUCGAGGCCACCCACAAAAUGAUCGUAGCCGAAACCAACGCCACCGUAACGGCCCCUCGCACCACAAGGGUCGGGACAGAGAUCGGGAUCGAGACAGAGACAAGGGCAGAGACCGUGAUCGAGAAAAGGAUCGUGGUCGGGGCUUAAAGCAUCAACGUAAAGGCCAGGGCCAACGCAACCGAAGCCCAUCCAAGGCUGCUGAGACGACAACAGCCCGUCCCUCGACUCUACCAAAAGUACCGCCUCCAAGCCUUCCUGCUCGCCAACCUCGUUGCACGCCCGAUACAGUCGAGCCCGUACCCGAUAAGGAUCAUGUGGCGAAGCCAAAGAAGGAACCGACCCCCGAGAUCGAGGACGAUGAGUUCGAGUGGGAGUUGCAAGCUGCUUUCGCGCAACACCCAACUAAGCCGGCUGAUGCAGUUGGGCGGCCUCUACCAAACGAAUACAGCGACGCCCCAACCAUCCCGCCCGCGUUCGAUUCCAACUCGAUCAGGUCCGACUUCUUCUCUGCCAACAACUGUGCCGAAUUUCUGCGUUCGAUCCGAGAGUUGAAAUUUUGGGAGAAGGCCAAGAACGAUCCCGCCUUUCUUGCCUGGUCAGGAAUGGUGCGCUGUCGUUUCCCGAAUAGCCCACAUGAAUACCCAAGCUAUCCCAGCACCGCACCAACCGGCGAUCGAAGCGAGACGAUAGUGAAAGACGAGGUGUUGUUGGAUGAAAUAGUGGUCAAACAGCGCUAUUCUCCCCGUCAAGCGCGAGAACUCUCGGCCUCAAGAUCCGGCGAUAUGAAGCCUCAUGGUUCCUUGGGCAAGCAUAGCCGUGCGGCUAACGGAUCAGACUGGCACAGCCAAGCAAAGCGCUUCAAGGGUUCAGAAGCUUCCACUCCUCGGUCAGCGUAUGACUCGCCGUCAUCGGGAUCGAGGAGAUAUCGCGGAGACGCCGGGGAUGGAGGCCCUUCUGAACAGCCACAACACAGAUCUUCACACCAGCCGGACGCUAGAGUGCACACCAACGGCCGACAGGAUCCCAGACAACCGAACGACUCGUCUUCAAGUGGCCGUGGGCGUCACGAUUCUGGCUACCAAAGCAACAACUCCCCCGAAAAGAUGCAUGGAAGGUCGAGAUCGAGACCAAGACCGGAUGCUCGGUACAGAUCACGCUCCCGCUCACCUCCGAGAGGAUAUGCGAGGUACGGGUCCCGCGGGGGAUCCGAAAGUCCACGUGGUCAGCAUGACCGAGGUCCUUCUCCUAGCAGCCCUCCCGGGACUCCUCCCCGGAGCGGAUCCAGCUCACCACUGGACGAUCUUGAAAUGGAAAUACUGGGCAUGGUCCGCGAGGUUGUGUCUGAAAAGAAGGGGCCCAGAGCGGAUGCCAAGCCAAAGAGACGCCAAAUCAAAGUCGCCGAUGCUUUCAGUCGCCGCUGGUAG